UAUAGCUCAUGUAGUGUUGGAGUUGUCUAUAGCAGAUAUAGUUCAUGUAGUGUUGGAGUUGUCUAUAGCAGAUAUAGCUCAUGUAGUGUGUUGGCGGUAUCUAGAGGUAACUAGAGCAUACAGAUUAUACGUAAUUGUGAAAGGUGGAUAUUGUGAUGCCUUCUUUGAAGACCCAGUUGCUCACCAUUUUACACACAAAAAUGAAACCAAACACUCUCAAUGACAUUCAAGAUGCUUGUGAUCAUAACGAUUUGAGUUCGGUGUUUCAGAAUGUCAGAGACAAGAAAACAACGCCCUAUACCUAAUGUUCCAGAGGAUGAAGGAGACAUGGCACUGGCCCUAGAACGUGCACAGAACCAAAUAAAGAAGGCACUCCAUCCUACAGUUGGUGAUGGACAGCUGCGGACAGAAACAAUGAUAGGCGCGCCCGGGGGGUGCAUGUACAGAUCCAACGUGUCAACUGUACACAAUGGAGAUAAUGUAACAUUAAUCUUCCAAAGUGGCUGUACAAAUGAGGAUUUUGAACAUAUCAAGAGGCGUCUGAGAGAUUUGGAAACGAGCAAUUUUCCCCGAAGAUCUGCGCAGACUCUUCAGAGUCCUGCUCCAGUGACUAGCAAGAAACAUGACUCGGAAAGCGGAGAUGCCAAUACAGAUGAACGAAUCGCGGGGGUCUUACAUGCAUAUCACGACAAUGGGUCUGCAAUGACAGAUGAUGAGCUCUACGUUCAUCUUCAUCAGUGUGACGUGAGCGAUGUGAGUGAAGAGGACAUUCAAUCCUUAACAGACGAAGAGGUGUUUUAUCAUCUUGUAAGUGUUCUUGCAUGCUGCAAUAUCACGCCAUCAGAAGAAUUAUACGACUCUGACACACUUGGAAUUAAGAUGAGGGUCAAAGCAGGGCAGCAUAUACACAAGAAGGAAGACCCACUCAAUGUUCUAACAGAAGAGACUAUUCCAGACGUCAAGCUUAAAUCUAGCAUCAAGGUGGAAAUAGGUCCGGGAACCCGGGAGCGGACCAACUUGAUGGUCGUCAACUCGGAGAAACUGAUGGAAGAUUGUACAACUGCAGAAGGUUGACAGCUUCACCUGAAUGAUGUCCGUUCGGGGAAAUUAGGGAAUGAUGGUUCCAGAACAGAUAGUGGGCAGAAACAGCUGGAUGCUGCAUAUGCAGAGACUUUGGUUGAAGAUCGUUCCAGGGUAGAUAGUGGACGGAAUGCUGUUUGUUCAGAGAGUUUGAGGGAAGGAUGCGGGAGAUAAUCCUAAUAUUAAGAGAGGCCUGUUACUUCCCUCCCUGUCGACCCACUGAUUGGCCUCCCUGGAAAUUGUGUAGAAUUUACGUUUGAUCUCAGAUGCAUCCAGUCAAGGCCAGUGCGAGUCAUCUCUCGGCAGAAUGUGGAAAAAGACUGUUGAGAGUUACAUCCCCUGGAAAUGUGCAAGAGGUGUUCACAGUUAGUGAAUUAGGGCCAGGGAUUAGGCUUGAAUCAGGCUUUUAUGCAGGGCAUCCUGAAGUUAUCAAAAUUGAUCUGAGAGACAUUCAAAACUUAGUAGUGAGAGUGAAAACAAAACUAAAUGUGGAACUCAUUUUGCAGAUCAGUGCGAUGAAUCCACCAACUGCCUGGUUCCAAAGGAUCGAAACUUUUCUGUCGGGUAUGCUAUUAAAAGAUUGUUGAUUUGCAUCGGAGUGUUACUUUUAUCAUGCAAAUAUUAUCUAUAACUUAGACUUUAUUGAAAGUAAGUCUGACUUUAUAUAUCAAAAGUUUUUGAUGAAGUGAAAGAUUAUAAUUUAAUGGUCAUAUUAAUUUUUACCUCCACUGUCAUCUACCAAGCUGUAUAUUAAUGCUUUGUUAUUUUGGAUUUAUAUGCUUUUAACUAUACCCUUACUACACAUUUUUCGCUCUGCUUUAUUGUAAUGAUCAUACGUCAUCGGUCGAGAGUACUGUAUCUCAGUUCUUUAAUGGUAAAUACCCUGAGUCCUGACCUGAAUGGACAGAUGUGUUUUCCAAUGAAUCCAGGAUAUUCAUCAUACUGGAAUAGAGAAAGGUACAUUGCUUUGGUAUUUGUAUGAUUAGAAUGACCUUUAGUAUAGCUAAAAUAGUAUCAUGCUUCUUGUACAUAGCCAA